ACUAAACGAAGAUCUUUAAAUAACAACAAAAGAUAAAAUUGAAGGUUUUAAUUAUAUAUUUGCACGCAACAACUUGUGAACGUGUUGUGUAUUUGAGUAUCAGAUGGGUGUUGAACACGAGUGUGUGUUUUGAUAAUGUCGAGUACUGCAACAGACUGGAUUAUAUUUUAACAUAACAUCGCAACGUUGCGAAAAUCCUCUUAAAUACUUUUUACGAUUAAACAACGUUUAUCCAGUGGAAUACACGUAUUAAAGCGAAACAUUUCGUAUUGCGCUGAUACUCAGAUAGAAGGGCUACUAAGAUUUAAUGGGUCAUGCCAUUUUCGGCGAUUAGCCUGGACCACCCAGACGGAAUGACUCACCGACGAGUAAUAAGCCACGACGCCAGUACUCACCUUCCGCCGGAUCUGCCGCUGACACCUCCACGGAGUCCGUGUGAGGCUCCACCUAGGGACAAGGCGAGUCCUCAAGUAAUGCCAAAGUUAAGCGGGUCGCCAAUAAUGACUACAAUCACACAGCAAUCGCCUUUAAUCUCUACUUAUGCCGCAAGUCGUCGAUUAAAGCGAAAGCUUCGGGCAGCAAAAACGCGUCGCAGCGUUGGGGGAUCUUUACGGGAAGGCGUCGUGGAUGCUAUUGGUCAGACUGUGGCAGCACAUCUUCUGAACGGCGGAGACACCUCUUCACAAUCGUUGUCGGUCUCGAAACUCCAGUUGGACCUACUUGCUAAAAGUUUGGCUAGCGGAAUCGCGUCGAGGUUGGAGCAGCACAUUGCUAACAGUCUUGUUAAUUCUAUUAGUACCUACGGUGCCUCGACGUCGGCGGCAGUUUCUCCGCCUGCAACAAACGCGUCUCCUCAAACUCCACCAAUGCUUGCUAGGCAGGCCAUACCUCCGUUGGGUAUUCAGUUGAGUACCCCAGACAUCGCUACAGAUAUCGGUAAUCCCUGCGGAAGCACGAGCACUACACUCCCAACUUCGCCAGCAUUUAUGUCACCUGCCUCUCAUUUGCUCACCCCACUGAACCAUAAUCGGUCUUGCGGAGCGCCGUUGAGCGUCAACGGACGACCUGCGCCUGCGGCAGUGGUAUGCGGAAGUGCUGGUAGGCAAGAGGCAACAAUCUCAGGUCCCCCAUUACAGGCGCAGGUGCUGUCACGAUACCAAGAACAGCUGCCGGCAGCGCUUAGCCGUCAUUUAGCCUCACUACACAAUCCCGCUGGGAAACAGGUCGAGGGCCCGGAGGGGUCGAAUCUUUUUAUCUACCAUCUGCCUCAGGACCUAACGGACGCUGACCUGGUAUCGUUGUUCGCUCCAUUUGGCGAAGUCAUCUCCGCAAAGGUGUUCGUUGACAAGCGCACUCAACUCUCUAAGUGCUUUGGAUUUGUCUCGUAUUCAAACGGACUACACGCGCAGGCAGCCAUUCGCGCACUUCACGGCUUUGCCAUUGCCGACAAGCGUUUAAAGGUGCAGCUGAAAAGAUCCAAGAAGACUUCUGGUCCUGCUAGUCCGAAUGUUACAAAUACGUUUUUUUCGACACCUAGGCCAAUUCUGAGAGCGGCUGUAUUGCCCUAUUGAUGACUAUUUGAAACGCAAAAGCCUUCGACAGGUGAUGAUGCUAUUCUAAUAAUAAUGUAUUACAGAUAACAGCAGCCAAGCGCUUGCUACACUUAAUGGAAAUGAUUUUUUCUGUACAUACUGUAUAUAAAGGUAUUUACGGAGCACCAUUGAAUGUUGGUUGAUGUAAAGAAAACAAUUUGAAGAAGGUUUAGCAUAGAACGGUGUACUUUAUGCAUUACAUAUGUAUCCAUUCGCAGUCAUUGUUAGACAAGAAGGAUAAAACACAACGUUUCUGAAGGUUAUUCACUGUACAGAAAAUGAGCCUUCGCUGAGCUGUAUUAAUUCGUCUGCUUUUACCGUUAUCGAGUAGCUCACUACUAAUAAAACCAUAACAGAGAAAGCUUCAUUCGUGCCCCUUUUCGAGGAUGUGAAGGCGGGUGUACGAGAUGAUGCUACCGCGACGAUGCUCUCCAACACUCCCAUCGCUGUAGGCACAAUAUAAAAGCGUAAAGCAUAUCGUUGUUGUCGUUGGCGAUAGUGGUCGAUAACGAUUGCAGUCGCGCAUAAUGGUAACAACAAAAAAAAAAAAGACACAGA